UAAUAAAUCUUCAUCUUCUAUUUCUUAGAAAAAAGUGCUAAAGACCCUCGUGUUGAUCGCACAGUGUCCAUCUUGAAGAAAAUGGUCAGUACAUUCUCCUUCAGCUGGAAGAAAAAGACAGAGUUGGCUAGGCUUCAAACAGAGAUGAAGCUACCUCCGCACAAACUCAUCACCGACUCACCAACUCGAUGGGGUUCCAAACUCUCCAUGAUUGAGAGAGUGUUGGAACAGGAAAAGGCCAUUUCUGAGAUCCUUAAGGCAGACAAGACGACAAGGUGUUUGGUCCCUGGAUACAACGAAAAGGAUGUGAUGGAGUCUGUAGUGAAGGCCCUGGGUCCACUACGGGACUUCACAGAUGCACUCUCAGGUGAGGACUAUGUGAGUGUGUCUUAUGUAAAGCCAGUGCUUCACCUGUCCAAAGAACACCUCUUAAAAGCGGAUGAUGACGACACUGACCUCUCAGGAGAAAUGAAUAUGACCAUUCUCAACUACCUCACUGACAAAUACAAGGAUCCCAAAACUGAUGAACUGCUGGAUAUGGCUUCACUUGUUGAUCCAAGGUUCAAAAGAAAGUACAUUGACGGUGACAACUUAGAGAAGAUACAAGCCAAAGCUGUGUCUGAGCUUGAGUCCUUGCUGACUGUCACUGUACAAGCACAGUGUCCCGCAGCAUCUUCAUCUACCUCCACAUCACAGAGCCUUGAGGCAGAAGCAAACCAGGGCCACCACAAAAAGAAAGCUAAGAAAACACUGGCCAGCUUUUUGAAGACCUCUGCUGUAACUGCAGCUGGCACAUCUGCUUCUCCAUCCCUAAAAGAAGCAAUAGAGGCAGAAUUGAAGUCCUACCUGUCCGUACCAAAUGCAGACAGUGAAAUGGACCCUCUGGAAUGGGGGCAAAACCAUGAUGGAAACUUUCCAAGGGUUAGCCAAUUAGCUAGAAAGUAUUUCUGCAUUCCGGCAACUAGUGCUCCCUCAGAGAGAGUGUUCAGCACUGGUGGCAAUAUUGUCACAUGCCAAAGGGCAACUCUCAAGCCAGAGAAAGUUGACAAACUGAUUUUCCUGGCAAAAAAUCUGUGAUUGUGUUCUGUCAUACAACAAGAAAAGUAAAAAAGGUUUUAAAAAAAGAAAACUAUACAAUGUGAAGACAUGCUCUAAAGCUGUCUAGUCAGGAUUCAGACAGUAUUGCACUUUAUUCAUUGUCUUGUUUGAUUCUGUUGGCUUAUAUUUUAUUUUAUCAAUAAGGUAUUUAUAUAGUUGUUCCCUUCAGUUAUGCUAAAGUUUUUUUAUUGCACUUCAAGUCUAAAGUUUACAUUUUAAUUGUUUGGCACUGACUUUUCCUCAUUGAUGUUUUAUGUUUUACUUAGUUAUGUUUUACCCUCCUUUUCAUGUUUAUUGAUGUUCACUGCUAGUGCUACCUCAGAAAGUUCAUUUUUAUACUGAGAAACGUGCCUUGAAGCCAUAUCAAAAUGUUGAAUUGUUCAUUCAGGGAUUCAUUACAGAAAUAAAACCAGCUUGAAAUGCUAUUUUGGUCUGUUACUCCUUUUUGUUUUAGUUUCUGUUACCUUGUAGGUGCUUGUACUGUUAAGUAACUUGAAAAAUAACCAUAAUAACCGACAUGAAAAAAUAUCGUGAUAUAUAUCGUCUAUCGUGAUACUCCUUGAAAAAUAUCGUGAUAAUAUAUUUUUCAAUAUCGCUCACCCCUACCGCAGACAUAUUUUUAAGGCAGAUGGAAUUUGCCUGAACAA